GCUGCCCGACGGCCAUCUUGGUUGCCGGGCAGCCGGCUGAGAGGCUACGCGUGCGCAGGGCCCCUCCAGCUCCGGCGGGUGCGGCGCGUCCCUGAGGGCGGAGGCCGGUGGGCGCCCGCGGCCGCGAUGACCCAGGCGGAGAAGGGGGAUACGGAGAACGGGAAGGAGAAGGGCGGGGAGAAGGAAAAGGAGCAGCGCGGCGUGAAACGACCCAUCGUGCCCGCGCUGGUGCCGGAGUCGCUGCAGGAGCAAAUCCAGAGCAACUUCAUUGUUGUCAUACAUCCAGGUUCAACAACCUUAAGGAUUGGUCGAGCCACAGACACACUUCCUGCUAGCAUUCCUCAUGUCAUUGCACGAAGACACAAACAACAAGGGCAGCCACUAUACAAGGACAACUGGCUCCUCAGGGAGGGACUAAAUAAACCAGAGAGUAAUGAACAAAGACAAAAUGGCCUUAAAAUGGUGGAUCAAGCAAUAUGGUCUAAAAAGAUGUCAAAUGGUACAAGACGGAUUCCCGUGUCCCCUGAACAGGCACGCUCCUACAACAAGCAGAUGCGACCUGCAAUUUUAGAUCACUGUUCUGGAAAUAAGUGGACAAACACAUCUCAUCACCCAGAGUUUUUGGUGGGAGAAGAGGCCUUGUACGUUAAUCCAUUGGACUGUUAUAAUAUUCACUGGCCUAUCAGAAGAGGUCAGUUAAAUAUUCACCCGGGACCUGGGGGCUCCCUUACGGCUGUUCUGGCAGAUAUUGAAGUAAUAUGGUCUCACGCAAUCCAAAAAUACUUGGAAAUCCCCCUGAAAGAUUUAAAGUAUUAUAGAUGUAUCCUGCUGAUUCCUGAUAUCUAUAAUAAACAGCAUGUGAAAGAAUUAGUGAAUAUGAUCCUAAUGAAGAUGGGUUUUUCAGGGAUUGUGGUCCAUCAGGAGUCUGUGUGUGCCACCUUUGGAAGUGGUUUAAGCAGCACAUGUAUUGUAGAUGUUGGAGACCAGAAGACAAGUGUGUGCUGUGUGGAGGAUGGGGUCUCUCAUCGGAAUACUCGGCUCUGUCUGGCCUAUGGGGGGUCUGACGUGUCAAGGUGUUUCUACUGGCUGAUGCAGCGAGCCGGGUUCCCUUACCGAGAAUGCCAGCUAACAAAUAAAAUGGAUUGUCUUCUUCUGCAGCACCUUAAAGAAACUUUCUGUCAUUUAGAUCAGGACAUCUCUGGACUUCAGGAUCAUGAGUUUCAGAUUCGACAUCCAGAUUCCCCUGCCCUGCUUUACCAGUUUCGAUUAGGAGAUGAAAAACUCCAGGCCCCAAUGGCUUUGUUUUACCCAGCAACUUUUGGAAUUGUUGGCCAGAAAAUGACAACUUUGCAGCACAGAUCGCAGGGAGACCCUGAGGAUCCUCAUGAUGAGCAUUACCUGCUGGCCACGCAGAGCAAGCAGGAACAGUCUGCCAAAGCUACUGCUGACCGAAAGUCUGCAUCCAAACCCAUUGGAUUUGAAGGGGAUCUUCGUGGCCAGUCUUCUGAUCUUCCAGAAAGACUCCAUGCCCAGGAGGUGGAUUUGGGAUCCUCCCAGGGAGACUGUCUGAUGGCUGGCAAUGAAUCUGAGGAGGCUCUCACCGCACUGAUGUCCAGGAAGACUGCCAUCUCUCUGUUUGAAGGGAAAGCCCUGGGCCUGGAUAAAGCCAUUCUUCACAGCAUCGACUGCUGUUCGUCUGAUGAUACCAAAAAGAAGAUGUACAGUUCCAUCCUCGUGGUGGGAGGUGGUUUGAUGUUUCAUAAAGCUCAAGAAUUUCUGCAGCACAGAAUUCUCAACAAAAUGCCACCUUCAUUUAGGCGAAUUAUUGAGAAUGUGGAUGUGAUCACAAGGCCCAAGGACAUGGAUCCCCGGCUGAUUGCAUGGAAAGGAGGGGCCGUGUUGGCUUGUUUGGACACCACACAGGAACUGUGGAUUUAUCAGAGAGAAUGGCAGCGCUUUGGUGUCCGCAUGUUACGAGAGCGAGCCGCUUUUGUCUGGUGAAAAUGGGCAGAAAGUCACUAUUACAGACCAAAAACAGGCCUCCUGGUAUAUAAAAGACUCUUAAAGAAUAUAUAUAUAUUUUAAUUUAUUGACUUAGAUGCUUAAGUUUCAUGGAAAAUAAAUGAAUUUUAACUUUUACGUUGACAAUAGGACAUUGGUGUGAAAUUAUAAGCUGCUUUUGUAGCCAGGACAUUUACGAAUAAAUAUGAACUUACUUUUCAGUGGUAAAUGCUCCUGCCCCUUUCUCAGGGUCGCAGGAGCUCCCUGAUGAUGUGAAAUGUUGCUGUUGAGUGGCUCCCGUGUGCAUGCCUUGGCUUAAGUUGACCUCAGUGUCAUCAGAUAAUCACAGCCACCAGGGGUGGGUGUCUGGCUCAGGUACCUGAAUCCUGAGAACUGGCCAGGCCAUUUGUGUUACAGCAGGCACACAUUGUUUCGACUCAGGGGUGCUCUUAGAAUUCCAAAUAGGGAGAGAAAAGUUUCUUUUUUUCCUUUUCUGUUGGAUUACAAAAAAGCCUGUGACCAGUUGAGCUCUAGAUAUCCAAAGGCAAAGAUUUAAGGCUGGGCUGGCUGGCUUUUGUUACUCGGAUGAUGUGCUUCAGGGUGGGCUUAGGGAAAGACAACAAUCCUUAUCUGACCAAAACAACAACAACUGAAAAGGAAAACCCAUUUCCUUCCUAAAGCCGAGUAGAAACAAUUCAGGUAAUUUGUAGUUGUUAACUUGUGUUGUGCAGAUGAAUAAGGGGACUGACUGCUGGUCACCUUAUUACUACCAAUUUAAUCAUCAAGUCCCCAAAUUUCCUUUGUCUGAAGAACCAAGAGAAGGGUUUUGGAACUCUUUGUGCUCAGUAAGAUCAUUUGACCUUAAUCUGUGAACAGUCUGAAGCAAAAUCUUAAGUACAGACAGCUAUUAGCACCAGUGGUCCAGGCCUUGGUGAAGCCUUCUGAGCCCCUGGCCAGAGGAGGAGAAGGCAUUGUCUGGAGACAGAAGCUGGUCAGUGAGCACAGCCUGGGGGCUCAAGAGACCUGGGAGCACGGGGAAUGCCUGAUUCCUGCCACUUGUGCUGGGCAUCUCCGUCCACCAUCUGCUCAUCCAGAACUGGAGAUGUGGGAGUGGAAUGGGACUAGCGGAGGGGCGGGGGGCUGACAAAAGGAGGGCUGGAUAAGAGAUGGAGGUAAGAAUGGAAUAUAGAAAGACUAGGAUGGUUAGAAGUCUCAGGGCCUGGAGAAAUGCUGGUCCUGGAGCAUUUGCAUAACAAGGAGUAUCCUACAUAUGUGAUCAGAGGUGAGGAACAAAGAAGAGCCCAUCGGUGUAACAGUGAUUUUACCUUGUUGGUACUGUUGAAGACAUGUGCCUUCAAUUUGAAGAUUGUAUGCUCUUUAUUUUUUUAACUUUUCAACAAAAUAAAUUUAUACAAUGUUGAUUUUAUGUUUCUGAGCUGUUUCAACACAAUUUAUUAAUGGCUACCUAGUUCCAAAAGCAAAAUGUGUUUUUGUAUAUCUUUUUUUUUUUUUACAUAAUAACCUAUUGUUCUUAUAACUGGUAGAUGUUGAUUCAGAGGAAGUUGGUUUCCGGUCCAAUUUUUGACAUAAGCCGUGUCCUUCCGUUACUAGCACUUUUAAGUGUGGUAAAAACUGGUCAUGACAAGUAAGUGAGCUUGACCACAUUAAACAUAUUGCCUCAGCCAUUACUAACUGUCUACUUGUGAAGUUAGACAUGGUGAGUUUUCACUCUGUGCUUCCUUAUUUUGAUUUUUAUUUUAUCCAUAAGACUUGGCCCUUUAAGGAUAAUUUUAGCCCUUCACAAAUAUAUUUUAACAGGCAUCCAGUGGAAACUGAUCCACACUCUAGGCAGAUUCAGUAUCGUACUGUGUGAGAGAGACAAGCAUUCCUGGAAAGAUUGCACAUUAAUAUAAAUGGCCUCUUGGUAACCUCUGCAUUAAGAAAAAGAUACUUUUAGAGGAAAAAGUCGGAAGACUUAAAAUACCAUACAUAUCUAGCUCUCUGGUACUUUUUUUUUUUUUUACAUAACCCAUUAUAAUUCAAGAUUAUAAAAAGAUUCCUUCAAGAGGGCUGACUUUGAACAGAGCAGGAAUUAUUUGUGUUUUGAACAUGAGAAGUCACAUAAUAACCAAGAAACUCUGAACUCUUGACAGUAACUUCUAAUAGGUAACUUUGGGCUAAAGUAGACAUCAGGUCUGCAGGUAAUGGAUGUUGGUGUCCGUAUUAAAAGUCACCUGUACAAGACUCGGAUAGGACCUGAAUCUAGUUCAGAGCAGGAGGGUCCUCUGCAAGUGCUGGAUAAUAUAAGUGGCUACACGUAUACUGUGUCAUCUGGUCAGCAAAGGAGUUCGGCUUCUUACUCUUCUGUUUUCUUACAAAUGGCUUUUGUAUGUAAUAGAGGGUUUUUCACCCAUGAAGUUAGUGAAUGAGCAAAGGCUUUCUUAAAUUUGGUAUUCACUAAGUUUAGAGUGUCAGAGAAAUAAACAGUUCUAUUUACUGUGCAGUGCAUGGGCUAUUCAGGACUGGAUGUUCGGCCGGAGGAUGCUUUAUCAUUGUGUUAUCAGACUGGUUAUAGUUCUGCAUUAUAAUUCUCCUGGACUUCUAGGUAUGAAGUUGAUUUAGCUUUAUAAUUGUAAAUUUAGUUUCUGUCCUUCAGUUAAUGCCACAGUAGUUAGUCGUAUUUGUAACAGGUUUUUUUUUUUUUUUUUUGGCAUAAAAGUUUUGCUUAAACUAAGGCGUAUGUAUUCAGUUAGGAAUCCUCCCUAUUCCUAUUGCUAAAUAAAGCAGGUGUAUAUAAAAUCUCCCUACAGAUAGCCCAUACAGGAAACUUCAGAAUCAUCUGAGAUACUUUCCCCCUGUAA